AUGCAGCAACAACAACAAGGGCCGGAGGAUGAUGAGUUGAGCGCGCUCGAGCGGUUCUGCACGGACGUCACGGAUGAGGCAAAGAGAGGGUUGCUCGAUCCGCUCGUCGGUCGCGAGGAGGAGGUGCGACGAUUGAUUCACAUUCUCUGCCGACGGACGAAGAACAACCCGGUGUUGCUCGGUCAAUCUGGGGUCGGUAAGACGGCUAUCGUUGAGGGUUUGGCUCAGCGCAUCGUGAACGACGACGUCCCGCACGCCCUUCGCGGCGCGCGUUUGCUCGAGGUCGAUUUGGGCGCCGUCGGCGCCGGAUGCCAAAUGCCGGGUGAGUUCGAGGAGCGUCUCACCAUCAUAGUUCAAGAGGUCGUCGACGCGAGCGCCAAGGGACCGGUCGUGCUUUUUAUCGAUGACAUUCACAACCUGUGCCCGGCGCCGCCGAUGAACAACAACGGCGCGGCGAUUCUCAAGCCGGCGCUCGGCAGAGGUUUGCUUCGCUGCGUCGGCGCCACGUCCGCGGACAAGUUCAAGAAGACGAUCGAGCAAGACGCCGCCCUCGAGCGACGUUUCCAGGUGGUCACGGUCGAAGAACCGAGCGUUGACGACACGGUGAGCAUCUUGCGCGGUCUUCGCCCGAGAUACGAGCAGCACCACAGCAUCGCCAUUUCUGAAGGCGCUCUGUUGGCCUCGGCGCAGCUCUCGGCGCGUUACGUCUCCGGUCGUCAACUGCCGGACAAGGCGAUCGAUUUACUCGACGAAGCCGCCGCCGCCGUUCGAAUGUCGAAGACGAGCAAGCCGGAUGGUCUCGACAUGGCCGACCGUCGCAUCGCGCAGCUUCAAAAGGAGCGCGAGCAACUCUUGCGCAAAAACGCGAGCGAGCUCACCAAGGCUGGCACCUCUAACAUCGCCGCCGCGGAGCUCCAGAAGAUUGCGCAUUCGCUCUCCAUUGAGAAGAAGGGUCGCAAGGAAAUGCAAGUCAAGUUUGAAACGGAGCGUCGCGUUCAAGACGAGUAUCGUCGCGCGUUCGCGAACAACUCUUUCAUCAAGCGCAAGGUUGAAAAUGCCAAGAUGAAGAUCGAGCAAGCAUCUAAAGCCGAGCCAGGUUCUGUGCUCGCAGCCGAGCUCACUCGAGCCGAGGCCGAGCUCAAGAAGCUUGAACAACAAAUGAGAGUGACGCAAGAUGAGCUCACCAACGCGGAAGCGGGUGUGCUCGAGCUCAAGGAUGGCGGCGCCAUGAUACGCGAGGAAGUCACGGAUAACGACGUCGCCGCCGUCGUCAGCCGAUGGACCGGUGUUCCGGUGGCCAAGCUCGUGUCCAGCGAGAAGGCGAAGUUACUUCAACUCGAAUCUGAGCUUCAUCAGCGUGUCAUCGGCCAAGAAGCCGCUGUCACGUCCGUCGCGGAGGCGGUGCAACGCUCACGCGCCGAUCUCGCUGAUCCCAACGGGCCGGUCGCCUCCUUCAUGUUCCUCGGCCCCACGGGUGUCGGUAAGACGGAGCUCGCCAAGGCGUUGGCUAACUACCUGUUCAACUCUGAUACCGCGCUCGUGCGUCUCGACAUGAGCGAGUACAUGGAGAAGCACUCCGUCGCUCGUUUGAUCGGCGCUCCGCCGGGUUACGUGGGUUAUGACGAGGGUGGCAUGCUCACAGACGCCGUUCGUCAAAAGCCGUACUCCGUGGUGUUGUUUGAUGAGAUUGAGAAGGCGCACGUCGACGUUUUCAACGUUCUCUUGCAGCUCCUCGAUGAAGGUCACGUGACAGACACUCAAGGACGCAACGUGUCCUUCCGCAACUGCCUCAUCAUCAUGACCUCUAACUUGGGAUCGGACGAAAUCUCCUACGCCAACAAGCGACGCAACAAGGUGAACGUCAAGGAUGCGGUGAUGCAACACGUCCGCUCGCACUUCCGGCCUGAAUUCGUGAACCGUAUCGAUGAGUUCAUCGUCUUUGAGCCCCUCACGCACGCGCAAAUCGAGGAAAUUGUCCAGCUGCAAACCAAGAAGUUGUCGCAGCGCAUCGAAGGACAGCGAAUGAACCUUUCGUUGGACAAGAGCGCGGUCGAACACUUGGCUCGCAUGGGUUACGAUCCUGCGUACGGGGCACGUCCCGUGCGUCGCGCCAUUCAGCGUGAACUCAUCCAGCCGCUUGCCAACGCGAUGCUCCGAGGCGUGUUCAACGAGGACGACACCAUUCUCGUCACCGCCGACCGCGAAGGUAUCUGCUUGUCGAAUGGCCCAAAAAUCGUGCGUGAAUUGUACGACGUGCACGCUGAGGAUUCGGAGGACGAGUCCGCGGUGUCGUCCAGUGCUCCGCGCACCAACGGCUUCAACGGCGUCAUACACAGUUUCAAUGGUAUGAUGUAG